AUGGCGUCGACAGAUAUCUCACUCCCGACGUCUUUCACAGACCUCCCGGACGACUGCAUCUUGAUCAUCGUCGAGGAGCUUGAAGAAUUUCACGACUGGUACCACCCUCUACCUCAGGAUGUCAAGAAUCUCUCUCUCGUGAGCAAGCGCCUUCGUCACCUGUGCGAGCCUUCCCUGUUCAAGGGCUACUACGGCCAUAUUGUGAUGCCACGGAUUGGCGACAGCGCGGAUGCUGGCAUAUUGAGUGGACUUUCCAAGUCGACCUUCUUCGCAUCCAGGCUACAUGCUUUCGAGAUCACCCUGUUACAGAAUGACCAUCCUAGCUUCUACAAUAACUUUGUAAAGGCGGUCAAAGCCAUGACCCGGCUAUCUCAACUCAAGAUCAAUUUGUGCAACAACGCCGUCGUGGCUUCGCACUUACGAACGGAGCUCGAGAGGACAGAAACUAUACUCCCCACCGUCGGGGUCUUACAUCUCACCACAGCCCCGGACUCAGUCGCCCUCCUCCUGGCUUGUCCCUACCUGACGACCUUGGUCGCAGAAGACUUGACACUGGGUUGGAAGUCGGCAUUGAGAGCCAUUCCGACUCUACAAGUUCUCCGCCACCUCGAGGUGAGGAAGAAUCUGACCAAUUGGACGGCCCGAUCGAUUCAGGGUGAGUCUCUCCAGUUUUGA